AUGAAUAUAGAGGGAGUUUGGAAGCAAGGGAUAACAGGAAAAGGAGUUAAAGUGACCAUUGUAGACGAUGGAGUAGAAAAAACACACGAUGAUCUGAAAGAUAACUGGGAUCCUGAAGCUAGUUACGAUUUCAAUAACAACGAUUUUGACCCUUCUCCGAAUUACGGACACCCAGAAGUCAACUUCCACGGGACACGUUGUGCCGGACAAGUGGCUGCCUCCGCAAACAACUCAAAGUGUGGUGUUGGGGCAGCAUUUGGCGCGAGUAUUGGGGGGAUACGGAUGAUGGAUGGCGUGGUUACUGAUGACACUGAGUGUCAGAGUCUGGGUUACAAGAGGAACUACAUUGAUAUUUACAGCAUGUCCUGGGGACCUGAUGAUGAUGGAAGAACUGUAGAUGGUCCUUACGGUUGCACCAGGACAGCUCUAAAAGAAGGAGCAAGGAAAGGACGGCACGGUAAGGGCUCUAUCUACGUGUGGGCUAGUGGAAAUGGGGGAGGAGCUAAAGAUGACUGUAAUGUAGACGGGUAUGUCUCCAGUAUCUACACUAUCGCUAUCAGUGCAAUCUCUUCAAAACACCGCCCUCCAACUUACAGUGAGCUCUGUGCUUGUACUCUGGCUUCAACUUAUUCCUAUAGUCACGUGAGAACAGAUAGGAUGUUCACCACUGAUAUACACAAUACUUGCACAGGCGGGCACACUGGCACUUCAGCUGCUUCUCCUAUUGCAGCUGGUAUCUUAGCUCUAGUAUUACAAGCAAACCCCGCGCUAACCUGGAGAGAUAUGCAGCAUGUUAUUGUGAGGACUGCGCACAGUCACUCAAUUGAUAGAGAGAAUCACUGGACCACCAACGGGGCCGGUCACAGAUUUCAUCCUAAACUUGGCUUCGGAGUUCUUGAUGCAACAAAAAUGGUGGACUUAGCUCGAAAUUGGGCAACAGUUGCUGCUCAUCGGAGAUGUGCGGCCCUCACAGCCACUAAUCCUAACCUUCCUGUACGUCCCCAACGGUCACUGAGGCUGAGGUUAACAAUCUUCCCAAAGUAUUGCAGGGGGAGCGGAGUGUUUGGAGAUUAUCUUAACAAGUUGGAACAUGUCCAACUGUUCCUGACAAUCAGCACACCCCGUACCAGAGGAGACGUGGUGGUGAGAUUAACUUCUCCCAGUGGGACCACUAGUAACCUUCUCAGUAAGAGACCUUAUGAUAGGGGAGGUAGUCGCUGGAAUGCAGGCUUUAAAAACUGGGGCUUCAUGUCAGUUCACUUCUGGGAUGAGGCCCCGUAUGGGAGGUGGUCACUUGAAAUCACCAAUGUAGACCAGAAUCAAAGUAAUGUGCUCCGACCAACAAAGCUGAAGGCGUUUAAACUGAUAUUCUGGGGGUCUGGGGGAGGGUCCCGUGGGACAAGUGGAGGACACAAAACUGAUAAUAGUGUAACAUCGAGCCCUUUUCUAGGCUUCACCUCUUCUAAUACAAAGCCCAUAACUGGAAAUAUCUACGACCAGAGAGACAACCUCACAUAA